AUGAGAGUGAAAAUGGAUUCACUUUCUGUAGAAGAACUUUCUUGUCCCGUGUGUAUUGAAAUCUUCAAGGCUCCUGUUGUUUUAUCAUGUAGUCACAGUGUCUGUAAAGAGUGUCUCCAACAGUUCUGGAAAAUCAAAGAAACUCAGGAGUGUCCUGUCUGCAGGAGAAGAUGUUCAAAUGAUGCACCUCCAUGUAAUCUUGCAUUAAAAAACUUGUGUGAGUCGCUCCUGGAAGAGAGAAAAGAGAGCCAUUCAUCAGAGUCUGAGGAGCUCUGCAGUUUACACAGCGAGAAACUCAAACUCUUCUGUCUGGAGGACAAACAGCCGGUGUGUUUAGUGUGCAGAGAUUCACAGAAACACGUCAAUCAUACAUUCAGACCCAUCGGUGAAGUUGUUCCAACUUAUAAGGAGCUCAAUACUGCACUGAAGUCCUUACAAGAGAAACUUCAAUACAAAGAAAACAUUAAAGAAGAGUUUGAGAAAACAGUUCAACACAUCAAGUCUCAAGCUGAUCACACAGAGCAUCAGAUUAAGAAGGAGUUUAAGAAGCUUCGACAGUUUCUCAGAGAUGAAGAAAAAGCUACAAUCACUGCACUGAAGGAGGAAGAGGAGCAGAAGAAGCAGAUGAUGAAGGAGAAGCUGGAGGAGAUCAACAGACACAUCUCAGAUCUUUCACACAUAAUCAGAGACACGGAGGAGAUGAUGAAAGCCAGUGACGUCUGCUUUCUGAAGGAGUUUCCAGUCUCAAUGGAAAGAGUCCAGAUCUCAUCACAGCCGGAUCCACAGAUGUCUUCUGGAGCUUUGAUUGAUGUGCCGCGUUACUUGGGCAACCUGCCCUUCAGAGUCUGGAAGAAGAUGCAGGACAUUGUCCAGAACACUCCUGUGAUUCUGGAUCCAAACACAGCUCAGCCACAUCUCGUCCUGUCUGAUGAUCUGACCAGUGUGAGAUGGAGCAACAUCAGGCAACCUCUUCCUGAUAAUCCAGAGAGAUUUGACAUCUAUCCCUGUGUCCUGGGUUCAGAGGGUUUUAACUCAGGAACACACUGCUGGGAUGUGGAGGUUAAAGAGAGUUCAUCCUGGGGUCUUGGAAUAACGACAGUAUCAAACCAAAGGAAGGGAGGUGAUUUCUUUAACACUGAUAUCUGGAGUGUGCAGUGCUUCAGAGGGUGA